AUGAAAUAGGAAAUCUUAGCGCGCCAUAAACCUCUUUACACCUUCCUCACUCUCCUCACACUUUGAAACCCUAGCGAGUCGGAAAACCAGGGUACGGCGUCGUUUACCCUGCAAAAACCCUGGAUUUUCAUCGUUUCUGCCCUAGCAAUUUAAACUUUAGGCAACUCAGUCCGGAAGGCAACAAUUGACUGUAAACGACAAGGGUUAAUCAUCAUCUUGGCUUUCAACUAUUGAUACUUUCUAGUGGAAGUUGGGACUCUCAUGCAGUAGUCCCAUUUUUCUUCUUUACAUCUAUCUCUCUCUGUGUGUGUAUGGAGAAAAAUAUGGAUCCACCAUCUCCAGGCUGCACAGGUGCAGAAGCAGUACUAAGUCUCCAACCCAACUCAUCAAUUCCUAUUACAUAUCACCCGCUCUUUGGUCCUCACGAUGAUCUGAUCCUCCUCGAGGUUGAUCAGAAACUUCUCCCUGAUGUCCUCCACCAAAGAGUAACUGUUAGAGGACAGCCUGAUGAAGAUGCAGUCCUCUGCACGGAGUCAAAAACUUAUGCAAUGAAGUCCGUUGGAACUUCAAAUUCUGUUUUUCUCAUACCCCCAUCAGGUCAAUAUAAUACUUUUGAAAGCCCAAAGUGUUCCAAUGAGAACUAUCAUGACCCCCUAUCUGUUGCUUCCAUCAUUAAGAUUGCAACUGGUAACAUGGAGCUUGUUGAAGUUGCUCCCCGACUUGACAAGCUAAGGUUGCUACUUUCCCAGAAUCCUUACCGAUCUGAUGAGGACAUAGAAAUGGUGGAUUUAGAAGAGAUGGAGAGAACGAAUGCUGGGCUGUAUAGAUGGAAUGAUCUCAUCGAGAAGGUUCAAGCUAGCGAUUACGAAUUAAGGAUUGGAUUGCGGGCUCUUUCAGCAGUGGAGAUAAAUGGAUAUUGGAGAAUUGUCGAUGAGAAGUACAUGGGCACAAUUCUAAGGAUGCUUUUGCACAAUUCAGUGUUGAAUGAUUGGUCCUUGUCUUUGCUUAAUCAAGAUGAUGUUGUUAAUAUGUUGGAAUCAGAUGGCUUUCCUCACAAACUUGCAGACCACUGCUUGCAUAUUUUUGGUAAUAAGAUGACUGAAGGUGCGAUUACAAGUCGUAUGUGGAAGUUGGAUGAGAGAAAGGUAUGUGUGCAUUUUGCAAGAGAAAUCUUGAGAGAUGGGAAGAGGAAGAUGAAGAAGUUCAUGGAGGAAUGGGUUCGUAAGGUUCCCGAAGGGAUGGCAGCCAGUUUUGACAUAUUGGAAGGUGAAGUUUUGAUAGAGAAGCUUGGAGCUGAGACAUGGAUUCGAGCCUUCAGUGUUUCAUCUCUACCCUACAAUCCUGCAGAGCGAUUCUCCAUCCUUUUUAAGGAGCGUGCAAAAUGGGAGUGGAAGGAUCUACAGCCCUUUAUCAGGGACUUGAAUGUGCCGGGCCUUUCUGCGGAAGGUUUGCUUCUCAAAUACACUAGAAGAACACAACCAACUGCUGAUGCAGAACCAGUCUUCAGCGCGAGAUAGGAUUAGCGUAUCUGUUAAUUGGCGUUUCUGUGGUACUAGUAGUGUCAUGUGUCAGCGUGUGUGCACUUGUGAAUUGGCUAUAUUGUUAACAAAUCAAGUAAUGUCUUCUACAUAAUAUCGUUCAAUGCACUCUAAUGAAAAGCCUAUUCGAUUU